AUGCCAGAAUCCAAGCAGAAGUAUAGUAAUAGCACUAGAAUGACGGAACUAGAGAUUCCCUUUGACGAGCAGAUUGCUAAUGAACACCACUCAUUAGUAAAGUCAGCCUUGAGCAAGAAUUCUUCCAUGGAUGACACUACCUCAACCGUCUGCUGUGACUCCUCUUCUGAUGAUGAUGGUGAUUCUUCAUCAUCAUCAUCUCAUUCUUUUUCUGCCAAUCAUCACUCAGUCGCUUGUGCAGUGGAUCGUUGUUAUCAACAAUACAAAGAGAGUGAUUCGUACGAAGUGGAAUACAGUCUAGCCGAAUACGAAUCCAAAGUCUAUUUGGAAGAUUUGAAGGAUCGCCUCGUCGAUGAAACACCAAUCAUUGAAGAAUUGGUGGACGAGGACAUUGGAGAUGAGUUUGACUAUGAUGAGGACGAUUAUGAUUAUGAAGAUGAUGAGGAUUCGUUUCUUUCAUUGAAUUCUUUGGAAAAGGAAGACUUUGAGGUUUUCAUUGAAGAAAACUCCAAGCUGGGACCCAAAAUGGGAGGAUGCUUGGGAUUGGUGCGCAUGGGAAUCUUUGAACGCGAUAAUGAAGAAGACAAUGAUGACGACCUUUUGUAUGCCUACGGUGACCUUCACUUGAUGCAAAGUAUGACGGACCAAUCUAGCAUCUACGAUGUUCCGGACGAACAGCAAUCAUCGAAAGCAGCAGAACCUUCUGGGGAACGAUUUGUGGUCCGUGAGAUCAAUUACACAAAGGAUGGGUCAUCACUUAAGAAUGCCAAUGUUGUCACUGGAAUCAACUUGACAGAAGGAGCACCCGUUCUCGAGACAGCCAGUGUCAGUUCUGACGAAGACUGGGGUGAUGACGAUGAUGAUGAUGAUCACACUCAUAACGCUUCAUCCAUUUAUUUGGGAGGAGCCUCCAUUCAGUUUGCUGAUGAUGAACGCAGCAAUGCCUCGUUGAUUCUUACUUGCGAGUUGAACUUUGAAGAUGACGACGAUGAGUUUGAUGAUGAUGACGAUGACGAGGAUGAUACUGAUGAAGAAGAUAGUAUCAUCAAUUACGCCAUGCCCACCAACUUGGAACCAGAUGGCAUCAAGAUGCGCUCCAAAGUGGACGGACUCAUUGCCGAGAUUCGAGGCUUUACAUUGGAUCCCAAUGGGUUUCCAAUUGCCCAAGACUUGGAAGUCCUUCACCUAGAAGAAGAACCUCAAUGUGAGAUUCUGGAGGUUUGA